AUGGAGCUAGACUUACCACGAACGUACCAUUGGGUAUUCCUCCUAGUCAUCAUUGUGUCGAGCGCCGUUAUCUUUCGGAAGAAAGAACGCUUGCCUGAUGUCGAGUUUCUUCGUAUAAGUGCCAAGCCUGGAAAGGCGGGCAAUGCGGAUGACGUGUAUUUUAUCGCAGCCCCUAAGUUCCUCGAGGAGCUCCGAAAAGCCCCCGAAACACAUAUCAGUCAGGUAGACGCCGCGAACAUCAUCUUUCAACUAAAGUAUACUUUCCAUCCGGCGCUCGAGCAAGAUCUGUACCACUUCGAUGUCGUUCGAAAGAGUCUUACACAAAAUUUGCCACGCAUUAUCCCCGACCUCGAGGACGAGACCAAGCGAGCAUUUGCUCUUGAUCUCGGCAAGCCCUCAGAAUGGACAGAGGCACAGGUCUACUCUUUAGCUUCUAAGGUGGUCACGCGCGUUUCGAAUAGGAUGAUGGUCGGUCCGGACCUCUGCAGGAACGAUGAAUUCCUCUUCUAUUCUGGUGCAUUCACAAAGGCGACUUUCGACUCGGCUGCCAUGCUGCGCAAUAUGCCAAGCCUGCUCAAGCCCUUGAUGAUGUAUUUCAUGACCGACCACAUGAAGCAGCAGCAGAUUGCACGGAAAUGUCUCGUCCCUAUCAUUAAAGAGAGGUUGUCAAUUAUGGAGAACCGGCAUGACGCGAAAGAUAUGCCAAAUGAUGCUUUGCAAUGGCUUCUAGAAAUCUCCCCUGCAGAUAAGAGAGAUCCUGAAAUUCUUCUCCAGCGCAUGCUUCACAUCAACGUGACAGCCAUUCACGCGCCUGCCGUCACCCUGACAGAGUGUAUCUUUGACUUAUGCCGGCACCCCGAUAUCCACGAAGAACUACGCACUGAGAUCGCCGAGGUUUUUGGUAGCAAGCCCCAAGGUAGUGUGUGGACAAAGGCAAACGUGGAAAAUCUAAUAAAGCUAGAUAGCUUCAUCCGCGAGUCCGCACGUCUGACUCCCAUGAGUGCUGGUAAGUACUACCAUACUCACUACAUGCUGUAUAUAAGGAGCCUACUAAUCAUCGACUUCUUGCCAGUCAAAAUGGAGCGUCUAGCCAUCCAGGACUACCGACUAAGCGACGGCACACUUAUACCCCGCGGUACCUCCAUCGGCAUUAUUUCCCACGGUCGUCAAAUAGACGACGACAUCUUUCCCAACGCCGCCAAGUUUGAUGCCUUCCGCUUCGCCAAGAUGCGCGCCCAGCCGGAAAUGGCGAGCCAAUACACAUUCGCCCAGGCCAGCUCCGAAAACCUUUUAUUCGGGCUUGGUCGUCACGCUUGUCCCGGCCGCCAUUUCGCCUCGGUGCUCUUGAAGCUGCUGCUCGUACACAUCCUGGUCAACUACGACAUCAAGUUUGUCGACGGCAAGCCGAUGCCCCAGGGAAAAUGGACGCAGAAAUUCCGCAAUCCGGACUUCACGGCUUCCAUCGCAUGGAGGGAGAGGGAGAUCGAGGAGAGAUUUGCUAGUCUUUAG